AGGUCACUUAUCUUAUCACUCCUCACAUACACACUUUGUUUGAGCCAAUUGCGGAGUUCAAACAAGUCCGCUUGUAAGGUUCUAGAUGAUGAUAAUGUAGACCUAAUCUACACGUUUCUCUUCAAAAACCUCACUCUGAGUUAAGACUCAUACAAAAUUUAUCCAUAUACCAGUAUAUUCAGUAACCACGCGUCCUCUGUUGGUAUAUAACCAACUCUAGAGUCGUGGUGGAAGUUUCUUGCAGGAAGAGGAUGACGGCAAAUAACGAGGACCUUCACCCCGAGACCCGGGCCUAUCUGCAGGAGCUGGUGGAGUCGGGGGCCAGGCCGUUCACGGAGCUGACGGUGGCCGAGGCACGGGAGGCGGUGACGGCGAGAUGUAGGGUGUCUGACCAGAGAUUGGACUAUAACUUCAAUGGACAGAGGAAGGAGUUCAUUGUUGACUCCCCGCAUGAUCCAGCUGGUGUCCCGCUGUGGGUUUACACCCCCACUGUACUGACGGCAGACCCUGCUAUUCUGGUGUAUUUUCACGGAGGAGGGUUUACAGUGGGGGACAGACAGGCCUAUGACACCUGCUGUAAGAUGAUGGCCACGGAGUCCAAAUGUGUCGUGGUCAACGUAGAAUACAGGCUUUCGCCCGAACACAAGUUUCCGGCCGUCUUGGAGGACGCAAUUGUGGCAGUUAAGUGGGUGAAGGAAAACAAAGAGAAAAUUGGCGGAAGUUCCAAGAGUAAAGUUGGGGUUGGUGGUGACAGCGCAGGGGGGACCGUGUCGUCGUCUGUCGCACAUGACGUCACUGGCCUCGCUUUUCAGAUCCUGGUCUAUCCCUGUGUAAAUCUCACCAUCCCUUAUCCCGCCUAUGUAGAGUGUGCAGAAGGAUACGGACUCACCACUCCUGUAGUUAACUGGUAUAUAAAUCACUGGUUAAACAACGACGCUGAGAAAACUGACCCACGGGCCUCUCCAGUGCUGCGACAGAAGUUCGAUCAUCUUCCACCCGCGCUGUUCAUUGUCGCCAGUCAUGAUCCAUUGCGAGACGAUAGUAGGGCCUAUGCCAAGGCUCUUACAGAUGCAGGGGUGAAGAACGAGACGAUUUACUUCGAUGGUGUUAUACACGCGUUUUUCAACAUACCAGGCUAUUUCAGAGAGAACUGCCAAAAGGCAUACAGGAGGAUAGCACAAUUUAUUCAAGAGAACGGUUAUUAAUGGAUAAUGAAUUUUUGUAUGGGAUGCAUAUUUUACAAUAAAAAUGUAAUCAGUUAAAUUGACUGACAUGAUUAUUCUAUUAUUAUUAUAACCUCUAGGAGAAAUUUUAUUAACAAUUUAAUUUAUUUACAAACUCUUGGCUUUUCCCAAAUUAAGUGAUUGAAAAUUUUGUUACGUAACGAAAUAAUAAUAAUGUAGAUGUCAUAUAUAGCAUUUUUAUUAUAUAUUUCAAAUAUCUAAGCUACAAUUUUCUUUAACUUUAAUGUUACAAUUGUCACAAUUAAAAAAAUACAACAGGCUGUACAAUG